AUGGCUGCUACCACCACCACUGUUAGGCUGAAGCUUCUUAUAGACUCAAAGUCUAAGAGAGUACUGUUCGCUGAAGCUGGGAAAGAUUUUGUUGAUUUUCUUUUCAGCAUUCUGUCAAUGCCUGUUGGAACUAUCAUAAGGCUCCUUACUAAGCAAGGAAUGGUGAGAUGCCUUGGAAACCUUUAUGGUAGCAUCGAAAACUUGGGUGAUACGUACAUGCAGUCACUAGCAAAGAAAGACACCCUUUUGAAGCCUAUGAGAAGCAAGGGUUCAUCCUCAGUCGAGGGAGGUUAUGUCAAGGGAGUAGUUACUUAUAUGGUCAUGGAUGAUCUAGUAGUGAGCCCUAUGUCCAAAAUUUCUAGCAUCACUUUGCUCAACAAGUUUAAAUUUCAGGAGGUUGGGAUUUUUGAAGAGAGGAAGUCAUUGAUAUUGAAGUGGACGACGUAA